CAUAAAACAGCCCGUCGACCUCCUUCGAGAUGUUUAUACUAACGAGUCCAAUGGGACAGAUAUCUGACGUGGACAUGGCAACUUGAAGAGGAUAAACAUGAUCCAACCGCGUUUAUAUAACCUCGACCCCACAUCAAUCAGAAUAUCAUUGUACCUGUGCGAAACCGGAACCACCAAUACGAGGGGAAACACGAACUUUCCGAGCGGCUAUCGUCGGAAUUGAAUGCAGUCUGCAUCAUCAUCACAGGGAGGUACCACCCGGGCACACCGGACGCAAGCAUACAAGAUGUAGCACUACGACAUCCCUACGUCGCUAAAACACUCUCAGGCUGAGCUUACGCACUUAGGAACAGCCACAGAAGAACUGGAGAAACCUAACCCAAAAUUAAUACUUACCGGUCCGCCGGAAACGGUGUUGAUGAAUGCUAUCCCAUUAUGCCGCUUCGUAAUUGUUCCCAAUCUCAUUUCGCCGUCUGAUCUCCCGUUACUGCAAGCGGCGUGCGAAGACGUCGUGGAACGUACGCGCAGCGGGCGUUGGACGCUCCGCCGAACAGUUGGGAAGCAGUUCCCACCGUACGAUGCAGAUAACGACGACUCCUGGGGUGUGCAGAUGCUCAUGCACCCCGAGCUCGGCCACCCUAUCUUUGCGCAGUGGUACACAUCCGAUGCUCUGACCAGCGUGGUGAAGGAACUGCUAGAUUGUAAAGAGGAAGACUUGCAGAUGGAGCUAUUCAACUUGUUGAUAAAUCCCGUCUCCCACGACUUUGCGCUGAGAUGGCACAGGGAUGACGUGAAGGGGGACGCUAGCCUUGAAGAGGAAAAGACGGCAUUGGCGCUCUGGAACCAUGGGAUUCAAUGGAACACCGCACUGUACGAAGACGCUUGCCUUUACGUUGUCCCGGGCUCGCAUAGCGUCCCACGGACUCCCGAACAGAGAAUGCACUCUACUACGAUGGAUGCACCUGAAAAUCCACUCGACAUGCCUGGUGCUAUCGCUGUGAUAUUGAAACCUGGAGACGCCGUCUUCUACAACAAUAAUAUCCUCCAUCUCGGUACCUAUAGCGCCAAAGCUAAACGUGUGACGCUUCACGCCUCUAUGGGCGACAUCCGCGGCGGCUCUGUGCGUGCCCGUAACGUUCUCCAACACGGGCUGAGGUGGAUGAAGGAGGAUAGUUUUCGUGAUGGUCUGACCGAUAAAGGAAAGGCGAUGCUUGACCGGCUGAUUGAAAUGCAGAAGCAGAAUGAGGGUAUUACGAUUGGAUAUUCUUUGGAUAACUAAACCGACCGCAGGCGUCUCCAAAAUUCAUAGCAUGUACAACAGACGACAAUCCUACACGUGUGUAAGAGAUAAGUAAAUGACGGGUCAAAUAUGGGAAUCAGGGAAGAAUAUACAGUAAUUUUGUCUAAGCAAAGCGAGCGUCCAAGAAGAUGAUAUCAUCAUGUCGUUGCGGAAGUGACAUCCACAGCCUCUGCCUCUGCUGGGUUGGG